UGUAGGUUUGUAUUUGUUCUAAUAAUAACAGUUAUAAAAAGAAAACAAAAAUAGUUGUCCAUUUGAGUGUUUAUUUUGUGAAACUUUAAUUCCCUUCUUACGGGGGCUCCACUUCCGUUUCCUCUUCGUCACUGCCACGCAAAGUGACUGGUUCAACGUUACACUAAAAAACACAAAAAAUGAAUAUAUCGACACCGCUCAAGUCGGCUAGCAAACGAUUUAACCUGCUGCGUUUAACCUGCCUGGCAGACGCUGCUAAGCUUAGUGAUUUUUCAUCUCCUCGUUAGCCCAAUAUGAAAAGCCUGUGUGUGUUUGCAUUCAGAGGAGUGAGCUUACAAAGUACGCAGAGGGUCUUCUCUCGGUAGCUAGCGUUAGCCCUGCACAGCUGCCAUCUGUGGCCCGCUCUGGCUGUAUCAAUCACGGGAAAGGGUACUUUCCAAUUAGCUAAGACUAAGCACCAUGAAUCUGUUACGUCUAGUAUGCCGCCACAAGACAGCCCUGGUCAUUGGUACUGUGUGCAGCUUUGCUGUCGUUCUGGUCUUCUUGGCCAAAUGUACCUCCGAAACCCUGAAACAGGGCCACCAGGAUCCUCCAGGCUUAGCCCCUCGAGCCAGUGCUUUGCAAUCCCGUCCAGAGCAGCAUAAUUCACCUUCCACAUCCAAAGAAUUGUCAGCAUUCCUUGUAGUCCUCAUCACAACUGGUCCCAAGUACACAGAACGGAGGAGUAUCAUCCGCAGCACUUGGCUGGCCAAGAGGGACUCUGAUGUUCUGGCUAUGUUUGUGGUGGGAACUCAGGGACUUUCCAACGAGGACCAUCAGAACCUUAACACAGAGCAAGGGAGGCACAAGGACUUGCUCUUACUGCCUGAAUUGCGAGAUUCUUAUGAGAACUUAACACUCAAGCUGCUGCACAUGUACUCCUGGCUGGACCAGAAUGUAGAGUUCAAGUUUGUCCUUAAAGCAGAUGAUGACACAUUUGCUCGCUUGGACCUCCUUAAGGAGGAGCUAAAGGGGAAAGAGCCAAACCGGUUCUAUUGGGGCUUCUUCUCAGGGAGAGGGAGAGUGAAAACAGCUGGGAAGUGGCGGGAAAGCUCUUGGGAGCUUUGUGACUACUACCUGCCCUACGCACUGGGUGGGGGCUACAUCCUCUCGGCUGACUUAGUACGUUAUGUGCAUCUUAAUGCAGGUUACUUCAAGACAUGGCAGAGUGAGGAUGUGUCAUUGGGCGCCUGGCUGGCGCCAGUGGAUGUUCGUCGGACGCAUGACCCACGCUUUGACACAGAGUAUAAAUCGCGUGGUUGUAACAACAAAUACUUGGUGACACAUAAGCAGAGCUUGGAGGACAUGUUGGAAAAACACCAGACUCUGCAGCGCGAUGGCAGGCUCUGCAAGGAGGAAGUCAAGCUGCGACUUUCCUAUGUGUACGACUGGAGUGUGCCACCCUCACAGUGCUGCCAGAGGAAGGAUGGCAUUCCUUAAGUUUUGUCCUUUUUACAAGGCCCUGAAGUUGCCUUCUGAUUUGUCUGAUUGGGUCAGAAAAAAGUAAGGGAAUAAUGUUUUUCGACCAAUUCUCAAGUGUUGCACAAGUUACAGUCAUGUAACACGUUCCAAAAAACAAAGCAAAUGCCUUAAUGUGGAUAGAAACCCCAUUCCAGAUUUGGAAAACCUUUUCACUAAUUGUGAAACUCAAAAAGGACGAUUUCACUGUUUUUACAUCACUUAGGAGCAGGUCUAAGCUCAGUCUUUAGUGUUCAUUUAGAAUAGGUUUGACAAAU